AUGGAAAAGGUCCUGAAGUUAACUUCAUCAUUGUUGUGGUGGUUGAAGUUGAAGAAGUUUUUAAGAGGAAGAAUUGAAGAUUUGAGAUUAGGAACGAAGAUUCGUGAGAACCUGUGUAGGUUUUGUUUAUUGAGAAAGGAUUUUAUAUCAAAGUUUGACCAGGUUCCUACACUGAACUACUACUGCUAUUUAUAUUAUUUUGGAUCAGGAAAAUUAUAUGACUGGGGUCAGCUGAGGCCUUAUAUUAUUUCCUUCAGACUUAUUCUCAAUUACAGCAGUAGUCAAUACUCAUUUACAACAAUCAUCAAUGGCAAUACCUAUAGUCAGGGAUAUUACUUGACGGAUGGCAUAUACCUAACCUACGCUGCUUUUGUUAAAAGCUUUAAUGACCCUCAGUCUGCAAAGCACAAGAACUUUGCAAAGACACAAGAGGCAGUCAGAAAGGAUGUAGAGUGUACAUUUGUUGUAUUGCAGACACAUUUUGCAAUAGUUGCUGGGCCAGCAAGAAUGUGA